AAAAUAAUUGAAGAAAAUUGGAAAGUGUAAAUGUAUUGAAUAUAGUAGUUAGUUGCAGCUAACACGUGACGUAAUGAGCGUGUGUAUCGGUGUGUAUUUGUAUGUAUGUACCGUUUAUUUUUCUAUGUUUCAACGUGAUCAAUACUGUUUUUGUGUGCAAGGUCAGUUCAAAAUAAUAUAUUUUGUGUGUGCUUUAUUGUGAAUCACAUGAAUGUGUAGUUGUAUUAAGCGGUUUCGCGUUUAUGGUAUUUCUGUCCCCUUUGCUUGAUUUGUCUCAAGUCAUGGAAGCCAUCUCGGCGCCAACCUUGCUCGUGGUGUUAAUUUUGUUGCUGUAGUGUACAUGUGCUGAUUAAAGCUAUAGCUUUUGUUUUGCCAGUAAUAGUUGUAAAUGCUCGCAAGAAAAGUCUUUACAAAUAAUUUUUAUAAUUUUAUUUAGUUACCUCGACAUAAUUUAGAUAUCGACCGGCGUCAAAUAAGGAGGAUUGGGCUAACAAUGUGUAAAGAUGUCUGUGCAUUAUAAAUUCAAGUCUGCUUUGGAGUAUGAUACUGUCACUUUUGAUGGUUUACAUAUAUCUGUUAAAGAUUUGAAGAAAUCAAUUUUGCACCAAAAGCGCAUCGGUAAAAAUACAGAUUUUGAUUUACAGAUUACUAAUGCGCAAACCAAGGAAGUGUAUUGUGAUGAUGGUGUUCUAAUUCCUAAGAACACUUCUUUGAUUGUGGCCCGAAUCCCUCUCACGGCUCAACAGAAAAAAGCAUGGGAUAGAGCUGAAUCAAGUCAACAGUUGACAGGGCUCACCAAAACUGGUGAGACUGUCCCAUUGGAAGGAAGUGAUGCAAGUGUUCAUCGUUUGGCAAAGGCUGUGGAUUUAUCUAGUAUUGAUGCCAGUGAAGAUGACAAAAUACAAGCGAUGAUGACACAAUCAACACAAGACUACAAUCCAUCCAACUACAUGAAGAUUCGUGGUGCGAAUCAAAUGGGCGAAGUUCCUAGCAAUUAUCGUUGCUAUAAAUGCCACCAGCCAGGGCAUUGGAUAAAAAAUUGCCCUUUGGGAGCCAAUUCAGAACCUUUAGAAAUAAAAAAGAGCACAGGAAUACCGCGCAGUUUUAUGGUACCUGUGGAAGGCCCACUUGUACCUGGGGCAAUGAUGACUCCUACAGGACAGUUUGCUGUACCAGCUAUUGAUCAUCAGGCAUACAAAGAGGGCAAGAAGGAACGACCACCAUUUCAGCAAGAACCUGCUUCAUCGACAACCAAACCUGAGCUUCCAGAAGACCUACAGUGUAGCGUGUGCAAGGACCUGCUUACCGAUGCAGUGAUGAUCCCAUGUUGUGGAAACUCCUUUUGUGAUGAAUGUAUUCGCACUGUUCUGCUGGAAUCAGAAGAUCAUGAAUGCCCAGAUUGCAAGGAGAAGGAAGUAAGCCCUGAUACACUGAUUCCCAAUCGUUUUCUUCGCAAUGCAGUAAACAACUUUCGCAAUGCUACUGGAUACAGUCGUAGCCCUCUUGGUCGAACUCAGUCAGCUACCGCUCCAGUACUGGCUGGGGGCCCACCAACUGGCACAGUAGUCUCAGUGCAGACUAUUGUACCUACUGUUGUAGCAACUCCUUCAGUUGCAGUAUCAGCUUUGGCACCCCCUGGUAUACGUCCAGGUUCUGUGGCUGUUGUUGCAAAUGCAGUUCUUGUGCCAGCUCAAGUUCAAGCUGUAUCAGCAUCUGGAGAGCCUGUACCUGUGCUGCAGCCAUCUCCCCCACAAUAUUCUGGGCGCACAGACCUGGUUGUCCGUGAGGCUGUUCCUGCAACCGACCCUCCCGCCUUGGCCAUCCCUGUGCUAGGGGCUGGAGGCAAGGCUGUGGAACCAGCAGAGAGUGGGCCUCGUGGCCAACACCGGUCUUCGUCCAGGGCUCCGCCUCCCAUGAUGGCUGAGCCAGCUCCUCCCCAUGCUCCGCAUCCUGUUCACCUUCCCCAUGGGACGGCACACUCUCAUGAAGGAAUGCUCCAAGGACAUUUAUCUGCACAUCUAAUGGAAUCAGCUCUUCAUCAUCAUCCUGAAUCACUGCAUUUGCAGCCACAAGUGGCUGCUACUGCUGCUCCUGGAACUAUGCCUCUACCUGCUCCAGUCGGCCCCCCUGUGGCUCUUGCCACACAUCAUUUACCAGGUCCUGCUGCUUUCUCACAGGGGACUCGGCGAUCGGUGGAGGACCGUCCUGGCACACCCACAAUUGAUGAACACAGUUUGGAUUCUGGUCUGCCUGAUACAUCAGUACCCCCACCCAACUUCCCUCCUGGUGAAGAACCACCAACCACAUACCAUGCACAUCAUGCCCCUCCACCUGCUCCAACACCGGCACCAGCACCUGCCCCAGCACCUGCACCUGAGUACCAACAUAUUCAGACACUUGGCAGUCGGCAUCGUGCGCCAGCAUACAGACCUGAUCCAGGAAUGCCCCCCUAUAUACCUCACCAGCACAGGUCCUACGGAGCCCGAGGGCCUUAUGAUCAUGGUCCGCCAGGUUAUCAUCAUGAUCAAGGAGCCCCACCGCCAACUCGUGCUGUUCAUUAUGAUAUGGACCGGGAUCAUGGUCUAGGUCGUGGUGGCUACAGGGGCUAUGGCCGUGGAAGGGGCCCCCGAAUGUUACACGGAGGCUUUCGUGGCCCGCACAUCCAUUCACAACCACCACCUCCAGGUCUGACCCGUGGUUCACAUAAUGGCAAUCAACCAGGGACCAUCGUGGACCCGCUGGCGGCGUUCGAGCGCAUGCUGCGCGAGAAGGACGACCGGGACCGCAAGCUGCGGCGCGCGCGGCGCAGCCCGCGCUCGUACAGCCGCUCGCGCAGCCCGUCGUCGCGCUCGUACUCGCCGCGCAGCCCUCGCAGCCCGCGCACGCCGCGCAGCCCGCGCAGCCCGCGCACGCCGCGCAGCCCGCGCAGCCCACGCANNNNCGCGCUCGCGCACGCCCCGCUCGGCGCGCUCCCGCACGCCGCGCAAGCGCUCGCGCACGCGCACGCGCUCCCGCUCCCGCUCGCGCUCCUUCAGCAUCAGCAGGUCACGUUCAAGAUCAUUUUCAAGAUCCCUCACACCACGUGGUCACUCACCACGUAUGCAAGAUCUUACAAGGAAUCCAGAUCAGAGUAUGAACCUGCUCCUUACUACGAGAAUGACUACUACAGUAGCAGCCGGGCUCGACCUCCAUCACGGUACAACCCUCGAAAGGAUUACGCCAAAGAGUACUCAGAUCAGAGUUACAACAGGUAUCUUACUUCCUUAAUGUCCAUACUUGUUUGUCCAGCUCUGGUGGCCACAACUGUGCGCAUAGUGCGUGUUGGAGUUGGCUAGAAACCCUCCUUGGGAGCGUAGCUAUGAUUGUGCAUUGUAUGAGAGUAUGAAACUCUUGUGAUGUGGGCACCAGAGUUAAAUUGCUAAUGCUGGUCCAGCCGGUUUCCUAUGUAAUUCAGAGCAUAAUUAAGAAUGUGGUUAAGUUCUUAACAUAUUCAUUUGAUGUUUUAAGUACAUAUUUACUUCAAAAAAUUCAAGGCAAGUCAAAAAUACUUUGUUUGCAGUUUUUGAAGCAAGUUGGAUCACUAGCAAUUUGUGUGCAGAGCAAUAGCCCUGUGCACCCUUGGUGUAAAGGAGUAAUUCAAGGAUUACUCUCUGAUCGUGCCAAAUAAGGCAUUUUUGGUGUUUUUUACAUUGUUUUUGAGAUUCCAUGAACUUAUGUAUACAGUUAUUUGCAUUGAUGCUUAACACUGACACAUGCAGUGAAAAUAUUUCAUUAUAGCUGAAUGUAGUUGUCAGUUUGAAAAAUGAGACGUAAGUUAGAAAUGCUGUUUUGAUACCAAUUUAGAAGUAAAAGGUUUCGAGUGUAUUUGUGUUAUUGUUGAUUAUUUGGACUGAAUUUUUGUGUAAAAUUACCUUGUGCCAUUUACACAACAGGUAUGACCUGUAUGUGUCUGUGGAAUGCAUUAAAAGUUUUAAUAAACAUCUUCACAUGUUGCUUAUUUUGCUCAUAUAAUACAUGAACAUAUUCCAAUUCAUGAAAAUACUUGUAUUUGUUGCAUUUAAUGGUAUUUAAUAUUAGCUAAAAUAACAAUGUAACAGUAUUUGCUUUACCAACCAAAUUUCAUUUUCCUCAAUUGGUAUGACAACUCACCAUGCAUGACUUAUAGCAAACGAUUCAGUUGUCAUUGAUAUUUUGCCAUAUUUUGUAUGCAGUUGUAGUAAUAUUGUAUAUUAUAUAUUACAAAUCAGUUUUUAAAAUUGAAAGAUUUUUAGCAUAAAUUUCUUUUAAAAAAAUAUUUUUGAAGAAAACCUUUUUUGAAUUAUAGUUUUUUUUUUGAAAGGGAAACCCAAUACUAAAAUUAAUAAUUUUGUAAUAAAGUAAGUGUAUGUUGUGUGAGAUUAAAAGUAUUUGAAAUUCAUUGUUCCUUUCAAUUGAUAAGCAGAAGCGACUCCGAAAAUGUUUAUAACAUGCUUCUGCUAUUCAUGUUUUGCGCUAGUAGUGUAAAUACAUGAAUAACAAAUAUUGCUAAAGUUCAUUAGUCCUGUUCUUUAACAUUCAUACAAGGGGUUCUGAGUUAAGUUUUCCCCCAGUACCGUUUUCCUCAUUUUGUUGCCAACUUGGCCUUUCUUGAGAAAAUGAAUCACGUCCCUUUAUCAUUGUAAACUUCUUGAGUUGGGUGGUGAACGUAAUUUAAUGAUUGUAAACAUUUAACGUUUAUUUUAAUAAUUUUGGAGGUGAUUACUCGAAUUGUUAUAGAUUGUUAAUGUUGAAAUAAUUUUGCCAUUUUAACUUAUGUAUAAGAAAGUUUGAUGAAAAACUUUGUAAGAUAACAGUGAUUUUGCACAUACAUUUCACAGUCUAUUGUUGCACCCAACAAAUUUGUCUUCUUUUAUUUUACAGAAAGUGCCAUAUUUUUACUAUUGUUCAUAAAAACUGAAAGUUUCCUUUUGUAUUUACAACUAUAAGCUGGGUUAUUCUUGCUACUAUUAUGAAUAUCCAGGUAUAGAGUUGUGUAUCUCACAUAUACAUUAGUUAGGAAGCAAGGAUCAAACCAUUCUAUCGUUGAGAUUUUGCAGAUGAUAUUAACUUCAACAAACGCUAGUUUGUCAUGUUGAAUUUCAUUUAUAUCAUCAUUUUAAAAGUUUUUUUUCUGUGUGAUUUAUGCAUUGAAAUGUUAAUGUAUCUCGUAUAGAGAGAUGGAAUGAGAAUAAAAAUUAAUUGAAAUUUAAAAGUGUCAACUAUUAAUUGUGAAAACAUUUGCUUACUAAGCAAUUGAGCGCAUAGACAAAAUAUAUGUUUGAUAUGUAGGGGUAUAUAUUUGUUUUUCCUGAUAAUAUUAACUUCAAUUUAUUAGCUCAAAUUUAUGGAUGUAAAAUAUCAAUCACUCUCUCUAAUAUUUGUUUGUGGAAGAGAAAGGGCAUGUCAUUGGAAUUUAGUGAGAGUUCAGAAAAGCACUACUAAAAGUAAAAAGAAUAAAAUUCUUUGAAAGUGAAUUAUGAACGAGUGUUUUAAAAGUUGUUUUUGCAUACUGUAGUUUGAAAAUACGAAUAGGAAAAGAAAGAAAGAAAGAAAAAGGCUAUUAUUAUCUUCUUGUAGUGCGUAGUUGCACAUUAAUAAUACUUCAGAAGAAUUGUUCUCCAGUCACAUAACAUCAGUAUUACCACUGAAACAUUUCAAUAAAAAUAGUUUUGGAAAUUAAAUAAUGUAUACUUUUAUUGUAUUAUACUGUGUGAUUAAAUAUAUUGUUUAUUGCAAAAUUAUCAAGAUGAUUUUAACAGUACUCUAUUUAAAAAAGUUUCUUCAUGUGAAAUAUCCAUGAUUCGCAGAAAUGUUUGUUUCAUGUGACAUGGUGGAAUAUUUAUUUUAAUUUUUGAGUUUGGUAUUAACUGGUUGUCUAAUUUGGUGAUGAAAUAUUUUGUUAUUGAGUGCGAGUGUUUUAGGGAAUGGGGACACAGAAAAUCUACAUAGUGGAAAAUUGAACUCUUCGAUAAAUUAGUUAUUUACAAAAUUUAUUAGAAUAUUGAGAAAAUUGGUUCUUACAUUGAUUACAUUUUACCAGCAAUGCUUUAAUCAUCAAAUAUUUUUUUUUUAUGUUUUGUGACUGUAUUGCAAUACUUCUUGCUUUCAUUUUUUCUUAAUGAACUGUGUAGCUGAGAAAAUACAUUUCAUUUGUAUGCAGAUAAAUUAAUGAAUUGUUGGAAAGUAUUACAUCUGAGGAGUUGUUCCAUUUUGUUAGUACUUAGAAAUCAUCAGAUUAUCACAGAUCUUUCUUGUCUUUGCCAAAAUUUUAUCCUUAGAACCUGCUUGCAGAGUUAGUAAAUUUUAUCCAAAUCAGUUUCUCUAAAUUUUAAAUAUGUAUAUUUUGUAUUUCUGAUGGAAAGAGUUAUCUUUUUUUAUGGGGUCGUUGUGUCCAGAGAAAAUACUUUACGUCUUUUUUUUAAAUAAGCUAUUGUAAUUGAGAGUUUAUGGUAUAAGAAAGACUUGCAGGUAAAUAAAAUAGUUACAUAGUGUAUUUCUUGAAUCAGCAUUUAUAUUUUUGUUGUUUUUCAAACAUUGUACUCAUAAAAUAGAACAGCAGUUUUCCUCUUUUUACUGUGUGGAUGAUAAGAUCUCUAGUGUGGAUGUGAAAUGUAUUUGUGAUGUGAUUGGAUGGUGUUGUUUAUUUUUCUAUACAAUAGAUAGUUAAAUUAAGAUUUCUAUUUAGUUUUCAGUGCAAAUAUAGUUAAAGAUAUUCACAGUUAAAAGUUUCAAAGGUAUUAUAAUUUUUUAAUUACAGAUGAUGAAAAUACAGUUACAGAUAUUUAACUAUUUUUUUCAUAUCUUAUGGUCUAUGCCUUAGCUUUAGUUACAGAUACAGAAUGUUACAUUGAGUGUUAUAUAAGUUAGUGUACACAUGAUUUUCAUGUUUUUUUGUUUUUUAAACAUAAACUGUAAUAGAAAAAAAUACAACAUCCAUUGUUAGAAUAUAAUAAAACAUGCUAUAUUAGUUUCUAGGAGAAAGGAACUGCAACUUGCGAAUAAUUUCAGGAAAUUAACUUUGAAUAUGAUAUUAGAGACUCUCAAUGUGUGUUGAAUAAGUGGAAAGUAGAAUUUUAAAAUAGAAGUAUGAUUUUGAAGUGAAACUUCCAUUCAUUCAUUCAUGCUGUAUAUUAAGUGACUCAAAAUGUGUUGAUGACAUUUGUUGUUCCUUAUGCUGUCGUAUUGGUCAACAUUAUUCCAAGAUGAAAAUUUGUAUUGCUCUGCAGUAUCUGUAUUUACAUUCAUUCUUUUGUAUCACAGUGAAGUUCUUACUAAUGCUCAAAAACAGAAAAAUAUUAUAUGGGAAUGUAAAAUGUCAGAAUAUUUUGUUCUUUGAAAUCAGAUUAAAUAUUGAAGAUCUUCCCAA